AGGCUCUCCGCCAAUAGACGGCCCAGAGAGGAGAGCAGGCGCGGCCUGCGGGCUGGGGCGCGGUCCGGGACCUGGCUGCCUCCGCGCGCUGCGCCAGACAGAGCGCCCCGGUGCUCCCCCACCUCCGCUAGACUGCUGCGCCGCCGCUCUGAGCGCCGGCCCCUCUCUAACUCCGGCCCUGCUCGACUGCGUACGUUCCGGUGCUCCCCCGCCUCUAUUAGUCUGCUGCGCCGCCGCCCUGGGCGCCGGCUCCUCUCGACCUGCUGCGCUGCCCGCGAUUCUGCGAGCUUGCCAUUAACAGGUCACGAUAAGCAGGGGCACAAGUGGUUUUACGCAAUGGUUCAUUUCAAGAACAGGUACAUGGUGAUGGAGGUCUUCAUCGACGCUAGCAGAGGAGAGGCUGAUCCUGUCAUCCUCACCCAGUUCAACAUAACCAAAGUGAUCAGAGACAGCAUCCAGCUCAACUUUGGGGAAUGCGGCCUAGCUGCAUCUCUUGGAUCAUUGCAAGUGAAGUAUGUAAAUCCUGUGACGAAGCUUUGCGUAAUCCGAGUGUCGCGCGAAGAUCACCAGAAAGUGUGGGCUGCUAUCACAAUGGUGAGGAGCAUUGGGAAGAUCCCAGUAUCGUUCAACCUCUUGGAUGUGAGUGGAAGUAUCAGGGCCUGCAAGAAAGCCGCGCUGGAGUGCGAAGAAGCGAAGUUUGAGCAGUACAAGCUGGCAGCUGGUGAUCGUAUGACGCAGGAGAUCAUCGAAUCCGUGCAGAGUUGCUUUGCCAAACUUAAAGGAUUAGACAGUUAGUAAAUUAAGUUUGUUCCAUGCCAGCAGUCUCGAAAAGAACCAGUAAUCUAGACAAACGGCAUUGUCGUUGCUCUGUCCAAGGGCGCCGCAAGAAGGCAGCUUCCAUGCCCAAAAAAGGCCCAUUCUGGAGGGAGCUUAGGGAAAAUGAUGUUCUUGUGGAAGAAAUGUUGUGUAACUAAUCAUGAUUAAGCCAGCAUCUGGUAUGGCACAAAAGAAUGAUGCAGUUUAGCCCA